AUGCCAUCGACUUCUUGUGCCGGAGGGCUUUCGGUUUGCCAUCGAUUGAAAGAGGAUGCACACUUCUUCAAGAUUCGGCCAUUGAACAGCACUCACGUUUCGCUGAGGCUGUCCCAGAGCUUGGAGAACCUCGUGGACAACCCUGUGCCACAGAAUGUCCUCAAGUUCAGACUCGCUUGUGAUUCCGACGAACACGAUGAAACAGUGAGUUAA